UAUUUGACUAAUCUAAGCCAACAAAGAACCUUUUUACGCCAAAUAGUCUCUACUGUGCAAACAAAUUGUUGCUUCUUGACGUUUUUUGUUAUUAUUACGUGGAAAACAUUUUAUGCCUAAAAAUGCAUAAAAGUUCAAAAGUGCUGCUGGUACUAAUGGGGUACCAAGUGAAUGUUAUGCGAUUCUAUUUCUUUUUGAUGAGAGCGAAAGUGAAAUUAAAUUCUAGCGCUGCUAGCUCAGUUACAUUUUAGAAUUCGAUUCGAUUUGAUAUAAACGACAUAAAGAUACAUACAAAUACACAGGCGUCUGAUCGGCGAUCCCAACGCUUGUUAAAAGCUGAGUUAAAGGGAACAACGGGGAAGUAACACGUAGAAGAAACUUAAACGAAAUGAGAACACAGGAGGAAAUGCAUAAAGAAUACCUACAAGUACAAAGUACAAGUACAAAAGCUUUUGCACCUGUACAGUUCAUAUCCGAGAGCUCCAUAGCUGCUGCACAUUCACUCUUUGAAAAUGUGCGAUAUUGGCUCAAAAGUCAAGAGCAAUGUGCUGGAGAACUGGAUGAAAUAGCAAAGGAUUUGGAUGAAAUAAGAAGGAAUGUCAAUGUUGCCAAAGUUGUUGGAUGCUCUAUAGCCACAGCAGUAUCUGCUGGUUGCCUGAUAGCCACCAUCUUUACUGGUGGAUUAGCUGCUCCUCUCCUGGUUGCCUCAGUGGCUGGGAGUGCAGGAACUGUUACUACGUUGAUUGCCUCUUACAUUGAAGGGCUGAAAUCGAGCGAUCGCUUUAAAAAACAAACAACGAUCUUAAACAAAGCUGAAAAGGUAGCUUCAGAAAUGAAGGCAUCACUGGUGGAGAUGGUGAACGAAAUAGGAAGAACUGGAGUCACACUGGAGGAGCUGGAGGAAAUGCUGACGGGGAGGAAUACGUCUGAUCUGUCUGCUGACAAGAUGGUUGUUUUGUACCAUUUUUUUGCCGCUGUGGCACAUCACAAUCGUUCCUUUUUAGAGUUUGAUUGUCAUUCUCAGUGGAUCAUAAGAGCCCUUGCUGACCGCAAGAUGCCAAAUCCUUUGUUUAAAUUCCUGGAAGGCAUGAAUGGUGAAAUACAGGUCCCAUUAAAAAAUAUGAUCUAUAAAGGCUUGUUGACUACUGGGAUCAUUGGAGUUACUGCGUGUACUUUUGUGAAGAAGAAGGCCAAGAAAAAAGCUUCAGAAAUGGUGAUUCGUGAGGUAACCAUGAAGGCAACUCAGACUGCAGUGAAGAAUAACGUGAUAAAACAAGGUUCCAAAGUAUUGACUCGUGAGGUGACCAAAACGGCGGCUCGGACUGCAGUGAAGAUUUCAUGCGGAAUAGGUCUCGCCAUUAGUUUGGUUGAACUAGUAGAUGUGUCACUGGAUCUGGCAAAAGACAAGCCUACUGAAGCAAGUGCACAGCUGAGAGACACGGCAAAGACAAUCCGUGAAAAUGUUCGGGAAAUAAGGAGCAUGUUGGACUCCCUUCGAAAAAUUAUUGAAGAUCUUGAAGGGAAGUGGAAAAAAGAAGCUGAAGAAAAGAAGAAAGAAGCUGAAGAACAGCGGAAAAAAGAAGCUGAAGAACAGCGGAAAAAAGAAGCUGAAGAACAACGGAAAAAAGAAGCUGAAGAACAGCGGAAAAAAGAAGCUGAAGAACAACGGAAAAAAGAAGCUGAAGAACAGCGGAAAAAAGAAGCUGAAGAACAACGGAAAAAAGAAGCUGAAGAACAGCGGAAAAAAGAAGCUGAAGAACAACGGAAAAAAGAAGUUGAAGAAAAGAAGAAAAAGGAGGCUAAAGGAAAGAGGCCAAAAACGGGAAGCUGUCAGGCACGAUGGAAGGUUUUGCUCUUUUCCUUUAUUAUUUUUGUAGUAUAUUGGAUUCCCAAGUCUCAACUGAUGUUUGGCAACCAAGAAGGUCAGCAGUCUCAGAUGGUAGAGAAAGGAGUGAUGGACACCUUAAGCACCACCAAGCAGCUAAACAAACUUUCCACCAAGCAGCUAAACAAACUUUCCACCAACCAGCUAAACAAACUUUCCACCAACCAGCUAAACAAACUUUCCACCAAGCAGCUGAACAAACUUUCCACCAACCAGGGAAACAAGACAUCCAAAACCCAGUCCUGUGAUCAACCAGAUUUGGAGCUUAAUAGCCAGGAAAUUAAUGAGAAGUACCAGAAGUUUUUGAGACAGCAUUAUUCGCGAGAUAAAAAAGUCAAUAUCUGCAAUAAACUGAUGACUGAAAGAAAAAUUAUAGGUGAAAAACCAAACAAAUGCAAAGUGAUAAACACCUUUAUUAUCACUGAUUCCAAAAACUCAAUUAAAGAUGUCUGUGAUAAAGGAGGGGAGGAUUAUUGUGAAGAUGGUAAAAUUUUAACAAAAAGCAUAAAACACUUUCAAGUGGUCAUCUGUACAAUUAAAAAUCAAAAUGCAGUCUACCCCCAUUGCGAUUAUCGUCAACAGGAAAGCUCAAGGUAUAUUGUUAUUGCCUGUAUAAAAGGUUUACCUGUGCACUAUGAAAAAUGAUUACUAUAAUGGGACAGUCAUGAAGGGAUUAUUUUUUAAUCUGGGUGCUCUUCUCCUUUUAAUGCGGAGAAUCCCUGAUCGAACAGACCUAAUAACUGAGAAACCUCUCCUACCUGAACUGCCAGUUACUAUGGAAUUAUUCAGUUAAAUUAGAUUGUUGUAUCUCAAACUUUCUGACUUUUUAGUAUAUUCAUUUGACUUUGUCAUGUUCAUAUUUUCUCACUAUAUUACAGUUUUUUACAAUUGCUAUGACAGUUUUUGCAAUACAUUUAACAAGUUUCCUAAACUCUUAACACAGUUAGCACAACAUCCGUUUUUGUAGGCUAUACAAUUAACACAUUUCUUGUUGCUAUGAUACAAAAUGCAUACAGUUAACACCAAUUUAAAAUGCUUGAACUUCUGUUGUAUUUUAUUCCAUUGCCAAUUAGAAACAGCUUAUUGUAGUUAUGAAAAUCACAGCUGAUUCCCAUCUAGGAACCACACUCAGGUGUUGACGUUUUUCCAAUCACAUGAUCAGAGGACUCUUUGGGCUGAUCUUGUGUGGAAAAAGAACAAUAUAGAGCAACAGAAAGAAAAAGAAAGAAAGAAAGAAUGCCUGCAUGAGGGAGAAGAAGACGAGUACCAGGACAAUUGAGAGGAGUGGGGCAAGGUAGAGGGAGAGGAGUUAGAAUGCAAAUAGAAGUCUGUACUGCAGCAGUUCUGUGUCUGUAUUUUUUUACAUAAACUGUACAUUUUAUAAAGCUACUCUGAGAUGGUCAUUAAUUUUUUUGUAUUGAAUUUCUGCAGCAAAGGAAACAAAAUGCAUGCAUUUACUAAACGCAACAAAACAAAAAUGUAGAAAGGCUUCAAAUAUAAGGGCAGACCUGACACAUAAAAUAAUGCAGUUUCUGUAA